UCUCUCUUACCGCAUCCGAAACACAGUUGUAGAAAUCCACAAGACAAAGGAGAGAGAAACAAUCUGGCUUCAUACUAGGGUUUUGAAUCUAUUCAAAGCUUAAAGGCCGAAUCGCACCGGCCAAUGUGCUCACUCUUUGCUUCGUCCGUGUAUCGAUCUACGGCGAUGACAAUGUUAGGAAAUACCGGUUCGUGCUCGCAUCGUCUGAAGCUUAUCGAGAAUUGGAUCGCGAUUGAUAAUCUUAGUUAACAUUCAGCUCCUUUUGUGUUUCUAGUAUCGAUCGUUCUGUUUUAUUAUAACCUUCUUGCGUUAUCGGGGAAGUUUGUUGUUUGACUUAGCUUUUGGGUCGUUGGAAAUUUGCGUCAAAAUCUGAUCUUGAUUAUUCUGGACUCUAGAGACUGAGCUGAAGAUUUAUCAGAUUCUUUGAAGGAUAUAGAAUGGACAAUGUAAUGAACAGCUUGAAAGUGGAGUAUUGGCUUCCCAAGAGUUAGUAUUAUUUCAUUUUGUAGAGGCAGUGAAUUCCUCUUCAUCUCGAUUGAUGGAUGUUUUAGCUCGUUAUGUUGAACCAGUCAAAGACGAUGUAGCCUGCCAUCAAGACUGGUCUAAGUUGUGGAGUAAUAAUUCUAGGCAUGGUGGGAAUACUACUACUGUAAUUGAUAGCUUUGUGGUUGAUCUUGGAAGUAAGUUUGAAGAUGGUCAAGGUUUGUUUACUAUUUCCACUUCACCACUGUUGGAUGGAACUGAAAAAGAAGAUGAUGGUUUAGAAUCUGGUGAUAAAGAGAUAACUACUAAUGCUGCUGAUGAAAGUUCAAUGGAUUCUACUCAUCUAUCGCCUGCUACCUUUAUGCCUCCUCCUCAUGCUCCAUUGAAGCUCGUAUCUGCCAUGAAAGGUAGUAGGGAGAAACAAGGCCUAAACGUGGGAAAGCUUAGUGUGUCAUGGGCAGCUGAUGUUUACGAUCCACCGGUUACAUCUCAAUCACACUCGGUGAGUAGCCAUAACAAUGGAAACUCAAGGCACAAGAAGAAUUACAGGAACAAGCAUAACAAGAACAAGGCUAAAUCUCAGAGGAAUUGUAGGAAAGCUAAAGGCUCUUCCAGAGGUGGCAGUUAUUAGUCAAUUCUGGCGUAAACUGAUGCUUUUUUUUACAGUAAGUUAUGCUUCUUGGAUGAUAAUGAUGCUGUUUUUAGCUGCGGAAAUGGGAACUUUUGAGUAACUCUCAAGUUUUGAACUCUUAACUGUUUGUAUAUAUUUGCGCUCUUUAUGUAUUUUGCGGGUCGAUGGAAUAAUAAUGGCUGAACUUUUCUUGAUAGUA